GGGGUGUCGUAUCAGUUUGACUAUAUGUUUUCACCCAGAAAGAAAUUUUAAUUGUUUUUUUUUUGUUUGUUAAUUUUUAAUUAAACGAAUCAAAAAUUGUUGUGUUAUAAAAUGCUUCAGUGAGAAGUUUAUUGUGAAAAUAUGGCAGAAGAAGGAUCGAGUUGUAGUUUGUCAAAUUCACAAGCAACAAGAACUGCAGUGGAUGAGCAUCAAGAUGAAGAUGAAAAUCGCGACGAUGCCAUUGGUGAAAGAAGUAGUCAAGCUAAAAAGAAUUAUUGUCUAUAUUGCAAGCGAUUUCUGUCAAAAAUUACACCGCACUUGGAACGAAAACAUAAGGAUGAAGCAGAUGUAAAACAAUUUAUGAUUUUACCAAAAGGCUGCAAAGAGAGAAAACGGAUCAUUGACACUAUUAGAAAAAUGGGCAAUUUCUCUUAUAAUCAAACUCAAAAAAGCACUGGUAUAAUUGUAUGCCGAAGGAAAAAAAAUUUAGAAAUUUCAAAACGAAUUUACAGUGUUUGUCCUAAUUGUAAAGGCUACUUUGUGACUUCAGCAAUAAGAAAACACUUCAAAAAUUGUGCUGGUAAAAACGAUAAAAAAAAAGGCAUUUUGGUAAUGAGUCGCAAACUGGACAUUGAUGUUCAUCAAAAAGCAUCGGACAUUCUCAAAUACAAAGUUUUACCUGUUAUGAGACUAGAUAGCGUAUGCACUGUUGUUCGCAACGAUGCAUUUUUAAUAACAUAUGGAAACAAGUUAUGCUCCAAGUAUAGAUCACCCCACAUGUAUAAAAUGAUAAGAACAAGAUUGAGGCUAUUGGGAACAUUUUUUUUAGAAAUGAAUAAACUGCAAAAUAAUAUUCAGUGUUUCGCCGAUAUAUUUGAUCCUAUUUAUUACGAGCAUACUGUGAAAGCCAUAAAUACGAUAGCAAGAUUAGAUGCAGAAAGUGGUAAAUACGGAGCCCCUUCCACCGCGUUCAAUUUGGGUAUUUUAAUUAAACACUGUGCAACUUUAUACAUUGCUCAAUGUAUCCAAAACAGCUGUUGGGAAAAGAAAACAAAUGCUGAAAAUUAUUUAAAAGUAUUGACUGAAGACAUUGGAAUUUCUGUUAAUAAAACAGUCAUAGAAAACCAAAAAGAGUUCAAAAGAAAGAAAAAAAUAUUAUUACCCCAAAACAAUGACAUUAAAAUAUUGUCGUCUUUUUUAACCAAAAAUAGAAGAAAUCAUUAUAAUAAUUUAAAAAAUGUGGGCUUUAAAUACGACGACUGGUUAAAUUUAGCGUCCUACACGCUAAUUUCACUACAGUUGUUCAACAGGCGUAGGGCAGGGGAAAUUGAAAGAGUGCUGAUAACCGAUUUUUUAAAUUUUCAAUCCGUUGAUGAGGUACAAGAUAAAGAAAUAUAUGAUGCUUUGUCGGAAGAAUCCAAAACAGUAGCCAAGAAGUAUGUAAGAUUUGAGGCCCGCGGUAAGUUGGGAAGGGGAGUCCCAGUUUUAAUCCAUCGAGAGUUGUUGCAAAGCAUUGAAUAUAUUUUAAAUAACCGAAAAAAAGCAGGCGUGAUGGAAAAAAAUCCAUAUCUAUUUGGUAUUCCUGGCAAUGAAAGCACUCAUUUAAGCGCUUGCCAGUUAAUGAGAAAAUUUUCUCAAGCUUGCGGAGCCAAAAAUCCAACACUAUUGCGUGGUACAACGCUUAGAAAACACAUUGCCACUCGAUCCGCUACAAUGAAUUUACAAGAAAGUGAUGUCUCCGACUUGGCUAAUUUUAUGGGCCAUGCAGAAAAAAUUCAUAGAGAACACUAUAAACUACCCAUCGUUACAAGAGAAAUUACCAAAAUGGCACAAAUAUUGGAAAAAGCUGAGGGCAAAACUGCCAAAGACAAUGAAAAACUAGGUUCAAAAGAUACGCCGAACUGUGUUGUACUAUUAGAAAAAUUACAGCAGGAAAAUAUUUUUUCAGAGAAAGAUACAGGUAAUCUUCUUGAUCGAUUGGAAACAGAUGAUGAUAAACUUCAUGCAGUCUUGCCAGACCAGCCCCAACCUGGUUGCAGCAAAUAUUACAUAUCAGACGAAGAAGAUGACUCUGUUGUGGUUCAGAGCAGGACAAACGCUGGUCGAGGAGGAAUAAAAGCGAGAAAAUCUAAAACAACUCGAAAGAUUGAUUCAACACCUACAAAAAAACCACACGUCAGAAUCGCUUGGGUUACGCCAGAAAGACAUGCUGUAAAAUCAGCUUUUCAAACACAUAUCGAUCAAGGAACACUACCGUCUUUUCAAGAGUGCCGAGAAGCACAAAUGAAGUUUCCAGUCUUGCAGCGUAGAAACUUGGCCACCAUUAAAACCAAAAUUAGUAAUGAGAUUCGACGCCGGAAACUACGAUUUCAAUAGCCACAAGAAGA